GUGUUGGGAUUCCACCACCGAGACUUGGAAUUAUGCCUGCAUCGUCUUCACUUAUGCUUGUCGAAAGCAGCAAGCAAGCCCAUGCACUUGAAGCCAGCCCUUGUCGUCCUAGCCACACCUCGAGGCGGCUCCGAAUGUGGCAGCUGUCACGACUGUGCCGCCCUCGAGCAGCUUUGCCAAUGGCGAUGCGACUUUCUACUGGCCCAGCGCGCUGCAAGAGCGAGCCUUCCAUGCCAACCGGGUUGCUCAACAGCCGUGCUUGGCCGCAGCCACGCAGCAGGGCCGGUUCUCAUGAUAGGACCCUGCGAAGCAGAUAAAACCGAGAGUGGACGCA